AUGGUUGAGUUCAUGGAGAAGGUGGUUACCGCGGCGUCGGAAGGGGAGGAGCUCACGGUGGAGGAGCAAAACCUCCUCUCCGUCGUCUACAAAAAUGUCAUCAGGGCUCGUCGUUCGAUCAAGCAGAAGGAGGAGAGUCGCGGCAACGAAGACCACAUCUCUGUCGUUCGCGACUACAGAUCUCGCAUCGAGAAUGAGCUCUCUGACAUUUGCGAUGGAAUCUUGAAGCUUCUAAAUACUAAGCUUGUUCCUGCUGCAAGUUUCGGUGAUUCCAAGGUGUUGUAG